ACGCAGCCCGGGUGGGGAACGUGGUGCGGCGGCGGCGACCGUACGCGCCUGUGCCGCCUGCGAGAGGACGCGCGGGGCUGCGGGGCGAGACGCGGGGCUGCCGCCGGCGCGGGGGAGGGGACGCGGGGCGCUCAACAAAGAGCGGGGCGCCCCCCUCAGGAGUCGCUGCGGGAGGAGGCUCCAUGUUGAGAAGCGGCGCCGCUCGCCCUCGUUAGCGGGAAUCCCGGAGCCGCGGGCCGAGCCGGCGGGGGCCGGGCCUGGGCGAAGAUGGAGGCCCCGCUGCGGCCUGCCGCGGACAUCCUGAGGCGGAACCCGCAGCAGGACUACGAGCUGGUGCAGAGGGUCGGCAGCGGCACCUACGGGGACGUCUACAAGGCCAGAAAUGUACAUACAGGAGAGUUGGCUGCGGUAAAAAUUAUUAAGUUGGAACCUGGAGAUGAUUUUUCUUUAAUUCAACAAGAAAUAUUUAUGGUUAAAGAAUGUAAACAUUGCAACAUCGUUGCCUACUUUGGGAGUUAUCUCAGUCGGGAAAAAUUAUGGAUUUGUAUGGAAUAUUGUGGUGGUGGAUCACUUCAGGAUAUUUACCACGUUACUGGACCUUUGUCAGAAUUGCAAAUAGCCUAUGUAUGCAGAGAAACUUUACAGGGUCUUGCCUAUUUGCAUACUAAAGGCAAAAUGCAUAGAGAUAUCAAAGGUGCAAAUAUUUUAUUGACAGACCAUGGUGAUGUAAAAUUAGCGGACUUUGGCGUGGCUGCAAAAAUAACAGCUACCAUUGCAAAAAGAAAAUCUUUCAUUGGCACCCCUUACUGGAUGGCCCCAGAAGUUGCAGCAGUGGAGAAGAAUGGUGGCUAUAACCAGCUCUGUGAUAUCUGGGCAGUAGGAAUAACAGCGAUUGAACUCGGAGAACUUCAGCCACCCAUGUUCGAUCUUCAUCCAAUGAGGGCUCUCUUCUUAAUGUCAAAAAGUAAUUUUCAGCCUCCAAAACUAAAGGACAAAACCAAAUGGUCGUCAACAUUCCAUAAUUUUGUCAAAAUAGCGCUAACCAAAAACCCUAAAAAAAGACCAACUGCUGAAAGACUUCUGACUCACACUUUUGUUGGACAGCCAGGUCUCUCUAGGGCCCUCGCUGUUGAGCUGUUGGACAAAGUGAACAACCCAGACAACCACGCACAUUACACUGAGGGAGAUGAUGAUGACUUUGAGCCCCAUGCAAUCAUUCGUCAUACCAUCAGAUCUACAAACAGGAACGCCAGAGCUGAGCGGACGGCGUCAGAGAUAAACUUUGACAAAUUACAAUUUGAACCUCCUUUGAGAAAAGAAACUGAAGCACGGGAUGAAAUGGGCAUAUCAUCAGACCCAAACUAUUUAUUACAAUGGAAUCCUUUUGUUGAUGGUGCAAAUACUGGCAAAUCAACCUCAAAACGUGCAAUACCACCUCCUCUACCUCCUAAGCCAAGGAUAAGCAGUUACCCUGAAGAUAACUUCCAAGAUGAGGAAAAGGCAUCAACCAUAAAACGUUGCCCCGAUUCCGAAAACAGAGCUCCCCAAAUUGUCAGAAGACAGAGCAGUCCCAGUUGUGGUCCUGCAGCAGAGACUUCCUCUCUUGGAAAUGGUGACGGUGUUUCAAAACUUAUCAGUGAAAAUACAGAAGGAUCCGCACAAGCACCACAGUUACCACGAAAAAAGGACAAGCGAGACUUCCCUAAACCAGCUAUCAAUGGCCUUCCACCCACCCCAAAAGUGCUGAUGGGAGCAUGUUUUUCAAAAGUUUUUGAUGGCUGUCCUUUGAAAAUUAAUUGUGCAACAUCCUGGAUACAUCCUGACACAAAAGAUCAGUACAUUAUUUUUGGAACUGAAGAUGGUAUUUACACACUGAAUCUCAAUGAACUACAUGAGGCAACAAUGGAACAGUUAUUCCCACGAAAGUGUACUUGGCUAUAUGUCAUCAAUAAUACUUUAAUGUCAUUAUCAGGAAAAACCUUUCAGCUCUAUUCUCAUAAUCUUAUAGCUUUGUUUGAACAAGCCAAAAAACCAGGAUUAGCUGCUCAUAUUCAAACUCAUAGGUUUCCAGACCGCAUACUACCAAGAAAGUUUGCUUUAACAACAAAGAUCCCUGAUACAAAAGGCUGCCACAAAUGUUGCAUAGUCAGAAACCCUUACACAGGACACAAAUACCUCUGCGGAGCUUUGCAGUCUGGAAUUGUCCUGCUUCAGUGGUAUGAGCCAAUGCAGAAGUUCAUGUUGAUUAAGCACUUUGAUUUUCCUUUGCCAAGUCCUUUGAAUGUUUUUGAAAUGCUGGUGAUACCAGAACAGGAAUACCCCAUGGUCUGUGUAGCAAUUAGCAAAGGCACUGAAUCCAAUCAGGUAGUUCAGUUUGAGACAAUCAACUUGAACUCUGCAUCUUCAUGGUUUACAGAAAUUGGUGCAGGCAGCCAACAGUUAGAUUCCAUUCAUGUAACACAGUUGGAAAGAGAUACCGUUUUAGUGUGUUUAGACAAAUUUGUAAAAAUUGUAAAUCUACAAGGAAAACUAAAAUCAAGUAAGAAACUGGCCUCUGAGCUAAGUUUUGAUUUUCGCAUUGAAUCUGUAGUGUGCCUUCAGGACAGCGUGCUGGCAUUCUGGAAACACGGGAUGCAGGGUAAAAGCUUCAAGUCAAAUGAGGUUACCCAGGAAAUUUCCGAUGAAACAAGAGUUUUCCGCUUAUUAGGAUCAGACAGGGUUGUCGUUUUGGAAAGUAGGCCAACAGAAAAUCCUACUGCACACAGCAAUCUCUACAUCUUGGCUGGACAUGAAAAUAGUUACUGAGCAACAGAAACUGGUCUCAAAUGACAGGAAAAUGAAUAUGCUCGAUUGAAAGCAAAAGUAUUUUAAGGAAAUUCAACACAAACUGUACUAUGACUUGCUUUAACUGUUAUGGAUUAUAUCUCAAGCGAUCUGUAUUUUAGGGAGAAUUCAAUAUUUUCUACAGCUGGAAACAGCUAGUCUAUCUCUUGCCACUAUGUGGUGGUUAUAUCAAGUUUGCUUAAUAAAAGCUAUGAGACAAAUAGUACUCUA